AAAACACGUGUGGAUGGAGCUGCAGCCGUCGGGAAGUGGCGCCCCGUACAGCGCAGGCGCGGGAGAUCAGGCGCACAACAACGGCUAACCGAAGUAGCAUCAGCAGCAGCAACAACGAUGGCGGACGAGAAGCCCAAGGAAGGAGUAAAGACGGAGAACAAUGAGCACAUCAACCUGAAGGUGGCAGGGCAGGAUGGCUCAGUAGUGCAGUUCAAGAUCAAAAGGCACACUCCUCUCAGCAAGCUGAUGAAAGCUUACUGCGAACGGCAGGGUCUGUCGAUGAGGCAAAUAAGGUUUCGAUUUGACGGUCAGCCUAUUAAUGAGACGGACACGCCUUCACAGCUAGAAAUGGAAGACGAAGAUACGAUUGAUGUGUUCCAACAGCAAACUGGAGGAUGGGCUCUUUAAAGACUGUUUCCUGAGACCAUCCCUACCUCCCUCUGUCCCUGAUCACCUUUGUUAUAGCCAGUCUUCAUAUGCUCAUCACCAGUGUUUAUAUCAUCUUUGGGGAUACUUGUCCAAAAUGCUGAGGCAGCAGGGAGAAAUCUGAGACCCGUCAGUGGCACUCACUGUUCGCAUGUCUGAACUGUGCUGUGUGGAGAUAUUAAAAGCUUGACAAGUUUAAUUUUUUUUUCUUCAAGAGCUGGAAAAAAAAGUCAUUGUUUUUGUUUUUUUUUAUACUUAAAUCAACAUGUUUUAAUUUGGAUAGAAUAUUGUCAUUGAGUAAGCCCAGAUUUUAAAUUUGCUGACAUCUCGUUUUAAAAAUGUUAUUGAAAUAAAUUGACUUUUUUUAAAAAA